AUGAAGUACUUCUCUAUAUUCACUUCCAUAAUAUCAAUAGUAUUUUAUUAUAUCUUUUAUGUUGAUAAUAAUUAUAUCUUUUAUCAUUAUUUCAUAUUAAAUUAUUACCUUGUUCUUUUAUCAUUCUUAAUGGUUAUAUUGAUUAAUCCAUUUAUUACUAUUGGAAUUACUUUUACUCCUUUUAUAAAUGCCAAAUUACUUUUUAUCAGACUAUUGUUAUAUCAAUUAUUAUUCAUAUUUGUUUUAUUUAUAUUCUAUAUUAAAUAUCUAGUCUUUUAUGAAAUAUUCAAUUUUAUUAAUUAUUUUUUGAUUUAA